CUGUAUUGAUUUGAUGCUUGAGGAUAUUGGGAAGCUUCCUCAACACAAGAAUGCAUUGGUGAAAGUAAAGAAGGUGACUCAUUACAUAUAUAAUCACGGAUGGUCAUUGGCAUUGAUGCGAGAGUUUACCAAACGAGAUCUUGUUCGUCCUGCGGCAACAAGGUUUGGUACGGCCUAUCUUACACUUGAAAGUAUGCUAGGCGUAAAAGAGCGGUUGGAGGAAAUGUGUGUUUCAAAGGAAUGGAAUGCACACCAUUUAUCCAAAACACAAGAGGCAAAAGCUGUGAAACAAAUAAUUCUGCGUGAUAAAUAUUUCUGGCCGAGCGUGCAGUAUUCAGUCCAAACAACAAAGCCAUUAUUUAAAGUGUUGAGAAUGGCAGAUUCAGAGAUGGUACCCGGUAUGGGGUUUCUAUAUGGUUGUAUGGAUCGAGCAAAGGAAGAAAUUUCUGAGAAUUUAGGGCAGGACUUUGGCUUUUAUAAUGAGAUUUGGAAAAUAAUUGAUAAGAGGUGGGAAUUACAAUUGCAUCGGGAUUUGCACGCUGCAGCAUAUUACCUCAAUCCUCGCUUUCAGUAUGAUCCGGAAAUGUCUACAAAUGCAGAGGUGAAGGCAGGAUUAUUUAGAUGUAUGGCUAAGAUUUUUCCAGAUCCAAAGAUCCAAGAAAAACUCCAUUUGCAAAUGGAUGACUUUCGACUAAAGCGGGGAUUCUUUGGACAUGACGUUGCACAAAACACUGUGCAUAAACGGAGUCCUGUUGAUUGGUGGACCCAAUAUGGAGAUGAGACUCCUGAACUAAUGACAUGUGCGAUCAGAAUCUUAAAUCUUACGUGUUCGUCAUCUGCGUGUGAAAGAAAUUGGAGCACAUUUAAUCAGAUCCAUAUGAAGAAGAGAAAUCGCUUGCAUACCAAGAAUUUGAAUAAAAUGGUUUACGUGAUGAACAACAAAAGAUUGAAAAGUAAAUGGAUGAAGAAAGCAUCAUUGAAAGUUGAGGAAGAUCCGUUGGUGAUGGAUAAAAUUCCUUCAGAUGAUGAGUGGGUUGUUCAUGAAGAUGAUAUGAUUGUCGAGAGUGAUGAUGUUCAUGGUGAUGGUCCUGAAGUUCAUACUCAAGGUGAUACUGCUAGUGAAACAAUCACCAACCCAAGUGGCCAAAGAAGAAAUAAAGGACAUCCUUCAAAAAGGCGUCGCCUUGGGAAAAGAAAAGCACUACAGCUUAUUGAUGAAGUUGAAGAAGAUGAAGAAGAUGAUAUUAUUCUUCGAGAUCCUAUUAGAGAUGAUUUUUUCAUCAAUUCCGAGGAAGAGAAUUAAGGAAAUGCAACAUCUUUUGAUCAUAAUUUCAAGCCGUUAGACACUGAUGAACUUUUUUUCAAUUCUUCAAUUUAAGCUCAUCACUUCGAGCAAAAUUAUGUCUGAUUCCAUGUUAGACUUUGUUAUGGUUGCGAUGUAUUGCUUUGACAAUAUACUCUUUUCAUGUUU